GCGGAGCAGGGGCAGGGUGCGCGCGCGUGAGAACGUCCGGGGAGCGCGCGCGCCGCCGCCGGCGCCGCCGCCGCCGCCGCCGGGCUGAGAGAAGAGCUUGCGGGGUUUGCGGUUGAUGGCUCCGACUGAAGGGCUGGAGGCGGCGUAUGCCGCUGUUCUUGCUGUCGCUCCCGACACCUCCGUCAGCUUCUGGUCAUGAGAGGAGACAGAGCCCUGAAGCAAAGACAUCUGGGUCAGAGAAAAAGUAUUUAAGGGCCAUGCAAGCCAAUCGUAGCCAACUGCACAGUCCUCCAGGAACUGGAAGCAGUGAGGAUGCUUCAACCCCUCAGUGUGUCCACACAAGAUUGACAGGAGAAGGGUCUUGUCUUCAUUCUGGAGAUGUUCAUAUCCAGAUAAACUCUAUACCUAAAGAAUGUGCAGAAAAUACAGGCUCCAGAAAUACAAGGUCAGGUGUCCAUAGCUGUGCCCAUGGAUGCGUACACAGUCGCUUACGGGGUCACUCCCACAGUGAAGCAAGGCUGCCUGAUGAUACUGCCGCAGAAUCUGGAGAUCAUGGUAGUAGCUCCUUCUCAGAAUUCCGCUAUCUCUUCAAGUGGUUGCAAAAAAGUCUUCCAUAUAUUUUGAUUCUGAGUGUCAAACUUGUUAUGCAGCAUAUAACAGGAAUUUCUCUUGGAAUUGGGCUGCUAACAACUUUUAUGUAUGCAAACAAAAGCAUUGUAAAUCAGGUUUUUCUAAGAGAAAGGUCCUCAAAGAUUCAGUGUGCUUGGUUACUGGUAUUCUUAGCAGGAUCUUCUCUUCUUUUAUAUUACACCUUUCAUUCUCAGUCACUUUAUUACAGCUUAAUUUUUUUAAAUCCUACUUUGGACCAUUUGAGCUUCUGGGAAGUACUUUGGAUUGUUGGAAUUACAGACUUCAUUCUGAAAUUCUUUUUCAUGGGCUUAAAAUGCCUUAUUUUAUUGGUGCCUUCUUUCAUCAUGCCUUUUAAAUCUAAGCUUUUGGAAUUUUUUGGGCAUCUGAGAACUUUCAGACAGGUUUUACGAAUAUUUUUUACACAACCAAGUUAUGGAGUGGCUGCCAGCAAGAGACAGUGUUCAGAUGUGGAUGAUAUUUGUUCAAUAUGUCAAGCUGAAUUUCAGAAGCCAGUUCUUCUCAUCUGUCAGCAUAUAUUUUGUGAAGAGUGCAUUACCUUAUGGUUUAACAGAGAGAAAACAUGUCCACUCUGCAGAACUGUGAUUUCAGACCAUAUAAACAAAUGGAAAGAUGGAGCCACUUCAUCACACCUUCAAAUAUAUUAAGUUGUAUAAACUAUUAAGGCCACAAAAUACUAAUGUCAUUUGGUCAUAACUCCUGAUAAGGCAUCAGAAUGAUUUUCAGGGCUGCAAGAAAAAUGUUUCCAGAUGGUUUUAGAAUGUAAGACUUAUGGUCCAAUUCACCAAAAGAUUAAAUGAAAGAACCCUAUUUUAAAGUAUAUAUAAUGUUCAACCUAAUGUAUGUGCAACACUUAUUCUAUUCUAAUUAUUUGACAGGUAACUGCAGUGUUAAAUUGUAAAUGUGUUUUCUUAAUGUUACCCAAAACAGCAAUUUGAAAUUAGAACUAGUGGAUUUAGAGAACUCAGGUAUUCUUUCCUGACAUUGUUUUCAGAAUAAAGAAUAUUUUUCAUAAUAUUUUAAGAUACAUACUAUCUAAUAGUAGAAUUUUGUUCAGCAUUGACUUUUAUAAUUCCCAUCCUAAAAAUUAAUAUUUUCAUAAAAUUUGUAUUUUUAAAUGAAAAUUCUAAAUGUUAUAUUUUAUCAGUAACAGAUUUUCUAAGUGAAGAUUAAUUUACUGAGGAUGAUACAUUUUAGUAUUGUAUUAUUCUCUGUAGUAAGACUAGUAAUCAGUGAAAAUAAAUGGAUUCAUUUUGUCUGUGGACGUCAUAAAUUCUUCCUGCCAUCAGCUUUAAUGUUCAUGAUCAUGCUUUUUGUAUAGUACCAUGGAGUAUCUUGAAGUAACUAUUAAAAUAAUUCAUGUGGAUUACAAACAGCUGGCUUACUUCAUGAUUUGAAUAGUAUAAAAAACAUGGUGGCUCACACCUGUAAUCCCAACACUUUGGGAGGCAGAGGCAGGAGGACUGCUUGAGCCCAGGAGUUCAAGACCAGCCUGAGCAACAUCCCAUCUCUAUUUAAAAAAAAAAAAAGAAAAAAGUUUCAAGGCAGAUGCCCUAAAAUCUUAGAAGAAUUGCCCUUAUAAUUAGUCUUCUCCAUAAAAGUUUUGGAAUUUUAUGCUUGAAUCACCAUCAAUUGGAAGAUUAAAGCUUGCACUGAGAGGUGGUCAUGAGGUUUUUAUAGUGUGGUUUUUUGCCUCUAGGUAUUUGUGCAGGGUGUUAGAAAAGGGAAUGAAGCACUUUCUCCCCUUGUUACCUCUAAGGAGGAAUCUGAAAUCUAAAACAUGUCUGAAGGGCUGCUAGUGCUUCUAAGUUUAGAGUACAUCUAUCAGUUUGUAGUCGAGGAAAAGGUGGUAGAAAGGAGAACUUAGGAAGCAGAGCUAGAAAACAAAUUUGCUGUACCGGUAAGACAAAAGCUAAACCAGCACGUGGAUUAAUAAGGAUACUGACCAACUGGUUAUAGAAGGCACUUUCAUGACUGUAUGGCCAUCCAAAUUGACAAAUGAACAUUAGCAAGCCUGUACCUUUUUUUCUCCAGGUAAAUACUACCACGUUGUAAGGACAACUGUAUUCAAUCAUAGUAUAUUUCACUUUGUUAUCUACUUUGAGACCCACUACAAAUAUUUAAAUGGCUUUGUGGUGAUGCUAAUAGUUGUAUUAUUUAGGUAUACAGCAGAGGAUGGGUGAGAAAAACAAUUUGGGAUUACAAUUCGGCUGUGAAGGAUAGCCAAGAUGACUUCCUGUUCAAACACAAGAAUAGCAUUUUACUUCAGCCCUAUUACAAUACCUAUGUAAUACAAUUUGUUUACCCUGUAA